CCACCCCACAUCGCAGUUCGUCCUCCGCCACUCCAAAACACAGCAGCAUCCCGCUUUGCCAAACGACACUCCAGUCCUACAUACCAAAAGGAAUAUAAAAAAACAUACCUAAUUCGCUCCUCUGCGCCGCGCGCCCACCCGCCAAGAUGGGGAAAGCCGAAGUCGGGUCGACCAAGCACCUCAGCAACCAGAUGAAGGCCAAAGGCCUCCAGAGGUUGCGAUGGUACUGCCAGCCCUGCGAGCGCCAGAUGCGGGACGACAACGCCUUCAAGCAGCACUGCAUGAGCGAGUCGCACGUGCGGCAGAUGCUCGUGGUGGGCGAGGACCCCAAGAAGUUCCUGCGCGAGUACAGCGACCAGUUCCUGCGCGACUUUGUCAGCCUGCUCAAGACGGGCCACCGCGACAAGCAGGUCCAGAUCAACCACUUCUACCAGGAGUACAUUGCCAACAAGGCCCACGUCCACAUGAACAGCACCCAGUGGAGCUCCCUGACCGAGUUCGCCAAGCACCUCGGCCGCGAGGGCAUCUGCCGCGUCGAGGAGAACGACAAGGGCAUCCACAUCGCCUGGAUCGACGACUCGCCCGAGGCGCUGAAGCGGCAGGAGGCCCUGCGCCGGAAGGAGGCACAGGACAGGGGUGACGAGGAGUGGGAGCAGCGCAUGCUCAAGGCCCAGAUCAAGCGCGCGCAAAAGGACGCCGCGACCCGCACCGGCGCCAAAGAGGGGGACGAGGAGGAGGACAAAGAUGAGGGCCGCCUACUGAGGGAGGGGGAUGUAAAAAUCAAGCUGUCGAUAGGCGCAGUCAAGCCAGGGGCGGCGGCAGCAUCAAAGGACAAGCCACCUACAAAUCAACCCCCAGCCGGCACUAGCAACAGGGACGCGAAUACGGAGACCAGCGAGCCAGCCGCUGCGGCUGCCCCCACCCCGACAGACGGAACUGCUACCGCCGCGUCGGCACCCGAUCAGGACGGCGGUGCUGCCAACGCCAAGCCGGUGACGCUCAAGCUUGGGAUACAGCCGCAAAAGAAGAACGUCUUUGCAGCAGCCAAAAAGAAUGCGCUGGGUGGGGGCGCCAAAAAGAUGAAGAUUGCGGAGCCUAAGAAAAUGAGCGAGGCCGAGAGGAUAAUGCGGCAGGAGAUGGAGCGCAAGCGGCCCAUGGAUUCUUCCAAGUUGGGGUCUUCUAACAAGAGGCCACGGUUUUAGAGGGACGGGUCGUACACGGAGUGAGCGGUGGCGUUUGGUGUCAUUUGGGUCAAAUACCAUUUUGUUGUAUAUGGAUUACCGUUUUUCUGCUGUUCGGAUCCAGGGUAUGCAGCUUAGCAUCGUUUGCGUGGUCGUCAUCGUGCCUGAAAUAGUGAUUGAUUCGCUAAGAUUUGUCAAAAGAACAUGCGCCGUUUAGAACCUUUGACGCCCUGACGGUUGCCCCAAUAAUUAAACUCCUUUUAAUAGCAACUUGAUAUCGAUGUGUCC